AUGGAUCAGGAAAACACGAACGCAGAUAAAUCUAAGUCAGACGAUGAGAUAGAAGUAACUGCAACAAUUGCGGCAUCUACUCCAAUCAUCGAUAAUAUCAAUCCAAAUAUUAAUAAUAAUUAUAUUUGCUAUAUUACACCGGCAGGACAAGGACAAGAAGAAACAAACUUAACUGCAUCUCUCUCACCACCGACAAAUCGUAUGCAUCAAUACAAAACAAUGACAUCACUUCGUAAAGACCGAGUACAACAUCGAAUUCAGUUCGCAGUACCGAAAAUUGUAGCUUGCAGUCCGAUGAAGAAGUGUAAGCACAAUAACGACGGAGAACCAGCUUUUCAGUUUCCACCCUUACCAAUCUUAUCGCUACCAAAACAGCAAGAAAAUGUUCAACCACAACAAACAAAGAAACACACAUAUGAGUGUAUACAACAGUAUAUACAACAGUGA